CUUUUGAUUUUGUGAUAGUCGAAAUACUUGGCUUUUUGAGAGGAGUGUACACCAUGGAACGGUAUCUUUCCAGAAAACGGGCCCGGAGUCCACCGGCGCCCACCUGCUCCGACGAAGACUCGACCGAUAUGAAGCUCGCGCGCCUGGCCUCACUCUUCCCAAACAUGGCUCUAGAUGCAUUGAUGGAGAUUCUACUCUCCACUGGCGGCUGCGUCGAGACGGCAACCACCACAAUCCAAGCUCAAGCCUCUCUGUACCCUCUCAAAAGGCGAUCAACGGCCGGCGCCACACCCGCCGUUCAGACUUCCUUGAAUGCCCACAUGCGAAUAUCCCACCACCCGGGACAAAAGCGAUCGCGGACCCGAAAAGGCAAGACGCUGCAUCUAUACUCCCCGGAAGACAUCGCGGCGCACACGCCCUGCACCAUCAUCCACAACUUCCUGCCCGCGGAGCAAGCCAACGCGCUCCUCCUCGAGCUCCUCGACGAAUCGCAGCACUUCUCGCGCUACCGAUUCCAGCUCUUCGACCGCACCGUCCAGAGCCCCCACUCCGCCAGCAUCUACGUCGCCACCCCCGAGCAACACCGCCAGCACACCUCCGAGUACACCUACGGCGGCACCUACCGGGCCACCGUCAGGCAGACCACCCCCCAACUGCGCGCGGUCUCCGGCAAGGUCCAGCAGGCGGUCAACGCGGAGAUCCAGCACCGCAUCCGCACCGUCUACCCGGGCGGCCGCAAGCUGAAGUAUCAGUCCCCCAAGGUGUGGAUGCCCAAUGCGGCCUUUGUGAAUUGCUACGACGGCCCCACGGAGGCGGUUGGAUACCACUCGGAUGAGCUGACCUAUCUCGGCCCGCGGGCCGUGAUCGGAAGCUUGAGUCUCGGCGUUGAGCGGGAGUUUCGUGUCCGAAGGAUUGUUCCCACAAACGACCAUGACGACGAUGACGCUGAAGACCUGGGGGCGCCGGAAGAUACUCCCGAAAGACGGAUCUCGGCGCAUACAGCGGAGAAGACUUCCACUUCGGCCAAAGGUCAAAUCUCUAUACACCUCCCGCACAACUCGCUGCUGGUCAUGCACGCUGAGAUGCAAGAGGAAUGGAAGCACGCCAUUGUCCCGGCACAAACCAUCUCGCCGCAUCCGCUGGCAGGGAAUCGGCGCAUCAAUGUCACGUAUCGGUGGUACCGCGACUCAUUGCACCCGCGGUAUACGCCCCGGUGCCGGUGUGGCGCCCAUACGAUUCUGCGGUGUGUGCAGCGCAGACGCGAGACCCGGGGCCGGUAUAUGUGGAUGUGCUAUGCGGGGUAUGCCCCGGGCAAGAAAGGGUGUAGCUUUUUCCAGUGGGCGGAUUUCGAUGAUGAUGGGGAGCCACUCUGGGACAAGACGGCGGUGCAUGAUAAUGCGCCGUGGUUGGAGAACUUCGUAGAAGGAUAGGAC